ACAUAGGGAGGGCACAACGCCGUCAGCAUGAGGCUGUCGUGGACCAUGUGCAUGACACAUUCAGGGCCCGCUCCCUUGUCUAUCAGUACCUAGUUGUCGGCCAGAAGGUCGACAACAAGGGGGUCAUGAUGCUCCGUUGCACGUUUUGCAACAAAGUUUUCCAAGGGACCCAGUUUCAGGCCACGAGACACUUCUCGCAGACAAACUACUGCAAGGACGUCAACGAUGAGGCGUUGUACGAGAUUGCUCGACGGACUCAGCAGAAGUUCGAGGCCGAUCAGAUGGAGAGGGUUGCGAGGUAUGCUGCAGAGUGUGGACUCAAUGUGCCCGACACGGGUGGUGCAAGGGGAGGAGAGGCGGGGCGGCGUCCGGCGGACGGAGGGGUCGGGGGAGAUGGUGGGCAUGGUGCGGCAGACCCCACUUUGGGUGGUGGAGGCGGUGAGACGGAGGAGGGCGUGAUCCAUGUGGAUCGCGAGGCCCGUGGCCCGGGUGACGAGGGAGUUCCGGAACGGGAGGACGUGCCUGAGGUUUAUCCAGGCACUGGCGAGAGGUUGGAGGACUGGCCAAGGCGAGCAGGCAAGGGAGCUGCAACGGAGGGGUCUUCCAAGAGGAAGGAAGGAGGGAGUGAUCCAGCUGCCACCCCAGAAGGGAAGAGGCUUCGCCAGCAGAAGGUGACUGAUGUCUACGGUGGCGAGUGGGUUGCUCGCCACAAGAAGGCAUUCCUUCGCUGGUUGUAUUCCAGCGGGACGGGAUUCGAGUUGGAGGGUGUGGAGUACAUCCUUGCAUGUCGGCAGUUUGAGGACUUCCACAUUCAGCAGGGCAGGUUCGGGGAUUGGGGCGGGCCGGAGGGGCGUGCUCGUGGGCACGCGUGCAGCCGCGACAGCGAGACGAUUGAGUGCGCGUCUUGGUGGUCUCAGUUCGGGUCGGGCGCGCCAGAGUUGCAGCGUUGCGCUCUUCGGGUGAUGCACAUGUGGUCUUGCGCCUCUCCAACGGAGAGGAACUGGGCUGUCCACGAGGGCAUUCACACGAAGAAGCGCAACCAGUUGGCCUUCGAGAAGGUCGUGCAACUCGUUGAGAUCACCGCAAAUGUGCAGUUGACUGAGAAUCGGCGGGCUGGAUGCGGUUAUGUGCUGCCAUGGCAGCGGGACGAGGGCAUGCUGGAUUGCCAGGCAGGACUCGAGUUGGAGCCUGUGCGCUCGGGGACUCGCAGGGGGAUGACGGAGGAGGAGAUUGCCCGUCUGGUUGCAGUUAUUACCCGGGAUCCCAUCGGGGCGUCUGCACCACCCUCGGCUGAUGCCGUUUUCGAUAGACGUGAUUGCAUUUUUCGUCCCUACCCCAGGGAGGACGACUCAGAUGAGGAGCCGAUACCCGAGGCGGCAGAUGACCCUGCGCUCCGCAUUCCCCGGGAGAUCGAUGAGACGCACGACGAUCCCGACUCCGAGGAGACAAGGGCACACAUUGCACGACGGGCGGCGGACCGGGCGGAGAGGGAGAUGCUGGGGGGAGACGAGGACUUAUGGGGCCCAUUUGGUGAGGUCACUUCCACUGGCAGCCCAGAGGUGCAGGCGACGACCCCCACUCCGACGAGGCGGGAUUCGUCCAUGCCGCCGCCUCCUGCUCCGAGUCCUGCACCACCAUCGCCCGUCUCACCACUUCAGCCGGACAGGGAGGAGUUGGGGUCCUCUUUGCCUCAGUGCGACCUUCUCCACAAAGGCCGGGCAGUCCACCAGCUUAGGUUACGAUCACCUUCCCCGGGGAUAUUGCAGGAGGAGGGGGCACCUUCGGCAGCAGCAGUGGAGAGUUCAGUGGCACCAGCGGCGGUGCCGAACGCGACGAUCGCAGCCGCGGUAGAGGAGAUAGCAGAAGCAGCAGCAGCAUCGGUGCUGGAGGAGAUGGCAGCAUCAGUGCUGGAGGAGGAUCCACCAGCGGCAGGAGGAGGUGCAGCACUGGAGGGGCAGGUGGCAGCAGCAGGAGGAGCAGGUGGAGGAGCAGCAGCAGUGGAGGUUGAGGUGGUAGCAGCAGUGGAGCAGGAGGAGGCACCGUCGGCACCUGCAGUGGAGGAGGAGAUAGCCGCACAGGCCGAGGUGCAGCGUGGGGGCGAUGACGAGCGCCUCAUGCAGCAGUUCCUCAUGGAGGAGCUCGAUCCGGCCAUAGCGGGCAGGACAGCGACGAGUCGAGGGGCAGGAGACAGCGACGGGUUAUCGGGCAUGCACUUGGCUCAGGCCCGACAGCCGCAGGCGGUUCAGAUGGCAGUGCAUGGUGUGCCACCGCCCGUUAUCACGGAUUUGGAGUCCGAGCCGGUGGUUGUGCCCCCACGUCUUCCUAGCCACUUUGCUCCGCAGGAGGUCCGUCGUUCUUUGGAUGCAGAGGAGUUGGCGAGAGAGGCUGUGCACGAUGUCACUCUCUUGGACCGGCGGAUCUUCGACCGGAGGCUCAAGCACCCACCAUGGCAGACGAUCCAUUCGGUUCCAUGGGGUCCUGCGUCCCCCGUGUGGUCUGGGUCUACCUCCACCGGAGGACAUACCGCGGGACAUGUUCCAGGGGUUUCGGGUGGCGUGACGGAGACAGCGCCACGAACAGGAGACAUGCCACCCCCUCCUCCCAGAGCACCUGCAGGUGAUCCAUCAUCGUCGCCCAUAGGCAGAGGCUCUCGAUCCCCACACACCCCUGGGAGAUCUAGGAUUCGUGACACGACAGCAAUUCAGCAGGACGUGUGUGACACGACGAUAUUCGGGAGGACAGAUAUAGAUUUGGAUUCCACCCGCCGUGUCACGGAGCACACUGCACGCCUUCAGUCGGGCUUGGGAGGAGGAGGCGCUAGGACGACCGCGACGAGGGAGGUACCGGCAUCAGGUUGUGAGCCUCAGCGAGGUCGUGGCAGAGGAGUGUUGACUGAGGCCUUGGAGUACGCUCUCAGAGCAGCGAUGCGUGCCGUGCAGGAGCAGACUCCACACAAGCGUGGAGUGCCUCCUCGUCCACGCCUCGUGCCUGCAGAGGGAGGCGCAACACUUGGAGAGAGUUUGGGGGCGGAGGGGUUGGGGAUGCCUCGUGGUUCCCGCCGUGAGCAGACCAUUGCAGAGGCUAGUGCGAGGGUUGUUGUGUUGAGGAAGGGAGGAGGCCCAGUCACCAUCGAGGAGGAUGAUCCUGAUACGGAUGUGGCUGUGCGGGAUGCAGACGAGGACUACGAGGGGGAGGAGGGGGGAGAGGAGGAUAGCAGGAGCGGUUCCGAUGGUGACGACGACGACGACUACGAUGAGCCCCGACCUUCCCCAGGACCCCCACCGACGCGUGCAUCUAGACGUUCCGCUGCACGGACUUCUUCAUCUUCACGAGGGAGGAAGAGGUCGACAUCCGACACUCGAGGGGGCACGAGGAGACACAACGGGAAGGGGAAGAAGGGUCGUUGACCGAUGAGGCCAACACUCCGCUUCUCCCCUACUAG